AUGGCAGUGGCUGGGCAGAGGGGGCGCGGUGGGGGAGCCCCGGCCGGCGUCGCGCUGAAGGUGGCCCUGCGCCUCGGGGUCGCACUGCGCUCCGUCCGUGCCGCGGUGUAUUUCCAGGAGCAGUUUCUGGACGGAGUACUUGUACCGUGGUUAUUGACCCCACUCUUGUGUUGCUGCCGGUGUUGGCCAUGCGGGACAGCCAGCUGGCAGAAGAGGGGGGUGAAUUCCGAGUACAAGCCAGACCUUGGGAAGUUUAAAUCAGUUUAGUUUUAUGGAGAUGCAGUGUGGGAUAAAGGUACACAAACAAGCGAAAAUGCUAAAUUUUAUGCUGUGUCCCGAUUUAAACCAUUUAGUAACAAAGGGAAGGCUCUGGUCAUUCAGUACACUGCGAAACAUGAGCAGCAGAUAGACAGUGGUGGGGGAUAUGUUAAGGUUUUUCCCUCAGAUUUGGACCAGAAGAAUCUAAGUGGAGAUUCACAUUAUUACAUUAUGUUUGGUGAGCCAAAUAUUUGUGGAUCUGAGACAAAGAAGGUCCAUGUUAUUUUAAAUUACAAGAAUAAACACCAUCCAAUCAAGAAACCAAUCAGAUGCAAGGCUGACAGAUAUACACAUCUUUAUACUUUGAUUAUAAGGCCAGAUCAGACUUACGACGUAAAAAUUGAUAACAAAAUGGUUGCAUCUGGCAACUUAGAAGAUGAUUUUGAUUUUUUGCCACCAAGAAAAGUUAAUGAUCCAACAGUGAGGAAACCCACUGACUGGGAUGAUCGAAUGCAAAUUGAUGAUCCAAAGGACAUCAAACCUGAGGAUUGGGAUGAAGCUGAAUUCAUCACAGACACUAGUGCUGAGAAACCCGAAGACCAAGAUGCUGCUGCGAAUGGAGAAUGGCGUUAUGCUGUGGUCAAGAAUCCUCUGUACAGAGGGCAAUGGAAACCAAGGCAGAUUAAUAACCCAAAUUAGAGAGGAGUUUGGCCUCAUCCACAGAUUGACAACCCAGAUUAGAUACUGAAGUCUGGAGAGUACAGUUAUGAAAAUAUUAGCAUCAUUGGACUAGAUAUCUGGCAGGUGAGAGCUGGCACAAUUUUUGACAACUUCUUGGUAAUAGAUGAUAAGGCUUAUGCAGAAGACUUUGGAUAUGAAACAUGGGGAGAAACGAAGGGUCCUGAAAGGGAAAUUAACAUAAUGCAGAUUGAGGAAGAGCAGGAGCAAGAAAGGGUUAUAGAAGAAAAAUACUUGGAGCAGCAGUUUAAGAAAAAGCUAGAGAGAAAAAAAGAAUCUGGAAAGGAUAGAGCAGUGAGGAAACACUAUUGAGAAGGAGUUUUAAUGGUUAUUUGAAAGAAGUUAACUUUUUUUUUUCCACUUAAAUUGCUUGGUGCUCUUUUCACGUAAGGAUUUUGAUAUUUUGUUAAUAGCUUGUUGAAAUCUGCACCAAUGGAGCUGUACUAAAACUGGAUUUUGUAAAAUUCAACAUUACAAUUUGUAACCUGCUUCAGUUAUGUUGAAUAAAAAUACCAUGAUAUAAUUAAA